AUGGCUGCCAAAGCUCCGAUUCCUCAAAACGACAAUGUCGCCCACGCUCUUGCUGGAGCAGGCGGCGGCAUUCUGUCCAUGAUCCUGACCUACCCUCUCAUCACCCUCUCCACCAGAGCCCAGGUCGAAUCCAAAAAAGCCGAGAGCAAAUUCGUCGAAGCCGUCCAAAAGAUCAUUGCGCGCGAGGGCGUCUCGGGCCUCUACGCGGGCAUCAACUCUGCGCUGUUCGGCAUCAGCGUCACCAACUUCAUCUACUACUACUGGUACGAAUGGACCCGGGCCUUCUUCGAAAAGGCCGCCACCCGCGCCGGCCGCGCCAGCAAGAAGCUCACGACCAUUGAGUCCAUGAUCGCGGGCGCCAUCGCCGGCUCCGCGACCGUCAUCAUCACAAACCCCAUCUGGGUCGUCAACACGCGCAUCACCACGCGCCGCCAGAACGCGGAUGAUGUCGAGGCCGGGGCCGGCACCGUGGCCAAGCGCAGCAAGGCUCCCAGCACGAUUGGCACGCUCAUGGCCCUCUUGAAGAACGAGGGCCCCCAGGCCUUGUUCUCCGGCGUCAUCCCGGCGCUGGUGCUAGUCAUCAACCCCAUCCUGCAAUAUACGCUCUUUGAGCAGAUGAAGAAUACGGUGGAGAAGAAGAGGAAGAUUACUCCGACCGUGGCAUUCGUGCUGGGAGCCUUGGGCAAGCUGUUUGCCACAUCGGUGACAUACCCUUAUAUCACUGUUAAGAGCCAGAUGCACGUCGCUGCCCACUCUGAUAAGAAAGAAGGCAUGUCUCAGACUCUGAGGCGUGUUGUGAAGGAUGAAGGGUACUCUGGCUUGUACAAAGGCAUUGGCCCCAAGGUUACCCAGAGUGUCCUGACGGCGGCCUUCCUCUUUGCCUUCAAGGACGUUCUCUAUGAGCAGAUGGUGCGACUCAGGAUGGGCCGCAAGAAGGCGUAA